AUGUGCAACAAUCACACUGUGGUUCGAUGCAAUGAGAAAGACCGUGAGACACUGUUAACCUUCAAACAUGGCAUCAAUGACAGUCUUGGUAUGAUUUCAAUGUGGUCUGAAAAAGAUUGUUGUGCAUGGGAAGGUGUCGUCUGUGACAACAUUACCGGACGAGUUACAAAACUUGAUCUCCACUACAGUCAAUUGGAAGGUGAGAUGAAUCUAUGUGUUCUAGAACUUGAGUUUCUCAGUUACUUGGAUUUAAGUGAUAAUGAAUUUAACAUCAUAAGUAUUCCAGCCUUUCAACACAACAUCACACAUUCAUCUAAACUUGACUAUCUUGACUUAUCCCCGCUCACCCUUAACACUCUUCACAUGGAUAAUCUUCAUUGGCUUUCUCCAUUAUCUUCCUUAAAAUAUCUCAACCUCAAUGCAAUUGAUCUUCAUAAGGAAACUAAUUGGCUUCAAGCAGUGUCUACUCUUUCUUCACUAUUCGAGUUGCACUUGCAAGCUUGUGAUUUGAACAACUUCAUGACCAAAUCAUCUAUUGGGUAUUUGAAUUUGUCUUCGCUUUUAACUCUUGAUCUUUCUUACAACAACUUCACCUCUCAUUUACCUGAUGGUUUUUUUAAUCUCUCAAAAGAUUUCAUGUAUCUUGACCUUUCAUUUAAUAAUGUACAUGGUGACAUACCUUCAAGCUUGCUAAACCUUCAAAAUUUGAGACACCUUGAUCUAUCUCAUAACCAAUUACAGGGACCAAUUCCAGAUGGAAUAGGCCAACUACCAAAUAUUCAAUACCUUGAUCUUUCCAUUAACAUGUUAAUUGGUUUAAUCCCUUUAACUAUAGGAAACCUCUCAUCCUUAACUUCCUUAUCUAUCGGCUCUAAUAACUUCUCUGGGGCAAUUUCAAAAUUAACUUUCUCCAAACUCUUUAGUUUAGAUUCACUAGACUUGAGUAAUUCAACUUUUGUAUUACAAUUUGAUUUGGAUUGGGUUCCUCCUUUUCAACUCUCUCAACUUUCAUUGAAAAAUACAAAUCAAGGCCCAAACUUUCCUUCUUGGAUAUAUACACAGAAGUCACUGCAAUAUCUCGACUUAUCGAGCUCGGGAAUUUCAUCGGUGGAUAGAAAUAAGUUUUCGAGCUUGAUUGGAAGAAUACCUGGUUCUCUUAUUUUGUCAAACAAUUCGAUUUCUGGAGACAUAUCUAACCUAACACUAAAUUGUUCAUGGUUAGAGUUGGAUCGCAAUAAUUUCACAAGAGGACUUCCAAAUAUAUCACCAAUGGCCCAAAUAGUUGACAUGUCUUACAACUCCUUCUCAGGAUCAAUUCCACAUGGUUGGAAGAACUUGAAAGAUUUACAAUACAUUAACUUGUGGAAUAAUAGGCUAUCUGGUGAAGUUCUAGUACACCUCUCUGAUUGGAGACAAUUGGAAAUCAUGAACUUGGGAGAAAAUGAAUUUUCUGGAACCAUACCAAUGAACAUGCCACUAUACUUAGAAGUGGUCAUAUUGAGAGCAAACCAAUUUGAAGGGAAUAUUCCACCACAACUAUUCAAUCUCACUUAUUUGUUUCAUUUGGACCUUGCACGUAACAAACUUUCAGGAUCUCUGCCAAAGUGCAACUACAACUUGACUGAUAUGGUUACUUUUCAUUAUACUAAUUUGUAUAGUACUAUAAUUGAGUUGUUUACAAAAGGUCAAGAUUAUGUUUAUGAAGCCGGACCGGAAAGACGAACUAUUGACCUUUCAGCCAAUAACUUGUCUGGAGAAGUGCCAUUGGAAUUGGUUCGGCUGGUUCAAGUUCAAACAUUAAACUUAUCUCACAAUAAUUUCAUUGGAACAAUACCGAAAGAGAUUGGAGGCAUGAAAAAUAUGGAAUCUCUCGAUCUUUCUAAUAACAAGCUUUGUGGUGGAAUUCCUCAAAGCCUGGUUCUCUUAAACUUUUUGAGUUAUUUGAAUUUAUCUUACAACAAUUUUGAUGGAAAAAUCCCAAUAGGAACUCAACUUCAAAGUUUUAAUGCAUCGAGCUACAUUGGCAAUCCAAAAUUAUGCGGACUUCCUCUUAAAGAGUGUACCACAAAAGAAGAAAAUCCUAAAAAUGCAACACCGUCUGCAAAGAGUGAAGAUAACGAUGACUCUAUAAAAGAAUCAUUGUAUCUAGGCUUGGGAGUUGGAUUUGCAAUAGGUUUCUGGGGGAUUUGUGGUUCUUUGUUUUUUAUUAGGAAAUGGAGGCAUGCAUACUUUCGGUUUAUUAAUGGAGUGAGUGACAAACUCUAUGUUACUUUGAUCGUAAAGUUAAACCACUUUCGCAGAAAUCAGGCACCCUGA